UUUGACUAAUGUUUCGUGUCGACGGUAUUUUGUGUGCGGACUUUUGAACGGUCUUUAGAUUCGCGCUAAGUUUAUAACUCCGGCUUCAAACUGGACAAUGCAAUGGCUGUUCCCGGUCCUAACAAGGACAACAUCAGAGCUGGCUGCAAGAAAUGUGGAUAUCCGGGCCACUUAACGUUUGAAUGCCGAAAUUUUGUCAGAGUCGACCCUCAGAAAGACAUAGUUCUGGAUGUGAGCAGCACCAGUACUGAGGAGAGUGAAGAGGACGCCCCUGCAGCUCAGCGGAAUGAGAAGCAAGGGAGAAGUAGCCAGCAUCGCAGACGUCCAGAUGAUGACGAGAGACACAAGCGGAAGAAGAGCAAAAACAGAAAGUCUAGAAAAAGGUCUGCUUCAUCGAGUGAUGAGACCACGAAGAAGAAGAAGAAACGCGACCAGUCCGACUCCUCCUCUGAUAAAGAGGAGAAGAGGAAGAAAAAGAAAAUGAAAGACCACAAGAAGAAAAGCAAAAAGAACAAGAAGGAACACGCGAAGCAGCACAAGAAAAGACAGAAGAACAGAAAACCAAAGAUCUCGUCAUCUUCCUCCUCCUCCUCAUCCUCCUCCUCCUCCUCUUCUUCUUCCUCCAGCUCCAGUGAAUCCUCAGACAGUGACUGAGACGACGUACCUGUGCAGCGUCUGGUGUUCGGACAUGUUGUGUAAAUAAGGCAGCCAGUCUUGUACCAUACAAUUUUGAACAUUCUCUUUAGGGAUUUGAACAUCUCACAGAAGACACUGUUCACUGCUGUAAAACACACAAAUGUAGCCGCAUCAUGCUAAUGAAAACUUCCCCAAGGCAGACCCACUGUCAUUUUAUAUUAUACAGUGUUUGUGCAGAGUCAUCUUCAGUGACUUGCUGCAGCGUCGCUCAUUGUGCUAAUACUGAGUAUUUUCAGCGUUAUCAAUUGUCAUAAUAAGUCAAGCUGAAGCUCUACGCUUGUGGAUGCUGUUCUUUUUGUAUUUCAGUCUCUUAUUCAAUGUCUUGCUUUAUUCUUCAUUUUAAUUUCACAAAGACAUUUUAAAAGGUCAAACAUAAUUCCACUCCCACAUCUAUGGUUGACGGGAUUCUAGCGAAGGAUCGCGGUGACAAAUAUCUGGCUGAUAUUUUGAAAAUUAAAACGAUUGAGCCCAUUUCUUUGUAAGCACUGACCACUUGACGCCAGUUUAAUGAUGACAUAAAAGAUCAGAGAUUUGUCUUUAUGUAAAAUAAUGUUUUUACAUGUUUAGACUUUACUUUUGCUCAGAUGGUUUUAUAGUACAAAUAAACUCUGUACGAUCCUGCUCAGACAAGGUGGCUGCUGUUAAUGUCAAUGAAUGUUGUAAUAUAAGCAACUAUACACUGUAAUCACGUGGACAUUUCAAGGGUUCAUUCCAAAACAUUAAUGCUUGGUGACUUUGGGAAUUUUACCCAAGUCUCUUUAUGCAGCU